AUGGCGAACACAUCUCUCCGCCGCCCGCAAAAGGGCUACAAACGCGGCGGCAAGAUAGCCUACCACGGCGCCAAAUCCCGAACCUUCACCUCCACAGGCCGCAACGAGGCAACGUCAGCCGACGAAAAAUGGGAACGCACGCUACUGGCCCACGGGAUCGACGAGGCCAUGGGCUUCGGGCGCUACGAAAGCGGCAAGAGGAGGGAAGGGUGGCUCGUGAACGUGCAGCCGACCUCGAUACAAGACGAGAGGAAUCCCAACGGGAGGGCAGCGGUCGAUUGCUACUUCAUCGAGGAGGGCGGGUCGACGUUUAAGGCGGCCGUCGAGUACGAGCCGUAUUUUCUCAUCGCCGUGAAGAGGGGCUACGAGAGCGUCGUCGAGGAGUGGGUCAAGAGGAUAGGGGGCGGCGGCGUUGUGAAGGCCGUGAAGCGCGUGGAGAAGGAUGAUCUCGAUUUGCCGAAUCAUCUGCUCGGGUUGAAGAGGACGCUGUUGAAACUGGUGUUUACGAAUGUUACGGACUUGCUUACGGCAAGAAGGGAGGUUAUGCCUAUUGCGGAGAGGAAUAGGAAAAACCAGAGCGCUAAGGAUGCGUAUGCCGAGUCUGUCGCGAUUGACGGCAAACUCGAUUUAUUUGACGAUUUACGAGAUGACGAUUACCAAGUUGACGGCAAGAUUGCCGAUGCGAGCGAGUACAUUAUUGACAUUCGAGAAUAUGACGUUCCCUACCAAGUUCGAGUAAUGAUAGACUUAGAUAUCCGGGUGGGUAAAUGGUAUUUUGUAGAGGCAAAGGCUGGUCACAUAACGGUCAAGUGCAACGAGGAGAAGCUAGCACCAGCCGAUCCCGUCGUGUUAGCCUUUGAUAUCGAGACGACGAAACUACCCCUGAAGUUCCCCGACGCCGCCAUUGAUCAAAUUAUGAUGAUUUCGUACAUGAUCGAUGGUAAGGGUUUCCUCAUAACGAACCGAGAAAUCGUGUCCGAGGACAUUCACGACUUCGACUACACGGCCAAGGCCGAAUACCCUGGCAGCUUCACCAUUUACAACGAGCCCAAUGAGAGGGGGGUGAUCGAGCGCUUUUUCGGCCACAUCAAGGAGGUUAGACCCACGGUCAUCGCGACUUACAACGGUGACUUUUUCGAUUGGCCCUUUGUUGAAGCCCGUGCUAGUUUCAAUGGCAUCGACAUGUACCAAGAGAUUGGUUGGAAGAAGGAUAGCGAGGACCAGUUCCAGUGCCACUACAGCGUCCACAUGGAUUGUUUCCACUGGGUCAACCGAGACUCGUAUCUUCCCCAGGGAUCGCGUGGUUUGAAGGCCGUCACUGUUGCCAAGCUCGGAUACGACCCUGACGAGCUCGACCCGGAGCUCAUGACACCCUACGCAAGUGAAAGGCCGCAGACGCUUGCCGAAUACUCAGUCUCCGAUGCCGUGGCCACCUACUACCUUUACAUGAAAUACGUCCACCCCUUCAUCUUCUCUCUCUGUACCAUUCUUCCUUUAGGACCCGAUCACACCCUUCGGAAAGGUACCGGUACGCUGUGCGAGAUGUUGUUGAUGGUGCAGGCAUACAAGAAGGAGAUUGUCCUGCCGAACAAGCACGUAGCGCCGAAGGAGGCCUUCUGGAACGGCCACCUGCUCGACUCCGAGACGUACGUUGGUGGUCACGUCGAGAGUAUCGAGGCAGGCGUUUUCCGGUCCGACAUUCCUGUCAACUUUGCAAUCGACCCGGCGGCCGUGGACGAGCUUCUUCGUGACUUGGACGCCGCGCUCGAGUUCAGCAUCACGGUGGAAGAGAAGAAGUCCAUGGAUGAUGUGGAGAACUACGAGGGGAUCAAGGAGAAGAUCGCCGCGCAGCUCCGCGCCCUCAAGGAUCCAGCUAACCGAACAGAGUGCCCGCUCAUCUAUCAUUUGGACGUCGCAUCCAUGUAUCCGAACAUUAUGACGACGAAUCGUUUGCAACCGGACUCUAUGAUUUCCGAAGCUAAUUGCGCAGCCUGCGAUUUCAACAGACCAGGGAAGACUUGCGAUAGGCGGUUACCGUGGGCGUGGAGAGGGGAAUACCUACCCGCGAAACGAGACGAGUAUAACAUGAUCCGGAACGCGUUGGAGGGUGAAAAGUUCCCGGGAAAACACCCCAAGGCACCGAUGCGGUCGUUCCACGAGCUGAGCUACGAGGAGCAGACAGGCCUCGUACGAAAGCGUUUGCAGCUCUACUCGCAAAAGGUCUAUCACAAGAUUCGAGAUUCGACGACGAUUAUCCGCGAGGCCAUCAUCUGUCAGCGGGAGAACCCGUUCUAUAUCAAUACCGUGCGUGACUUCCGUGAUCGUCGAUACGAUUACAAGGGCAAGGCGAAGCUGUGGAAAGGCAAGACCGAGGCGCUUAAGACCUCUGGCGCCUCGGCGUCCGAAGUCGAGGCUGCCAAGAAGAUGAUUGUCUUGUUCGACUCGCUGCAGCUAGCGCACAAGGUUAUUCUAAACUCCUUCUACGGAUACGUCAUGCGAAAGGGUUCUCGUUGGUAUUCCAUGGAGAUGGCUGGCGUCACCUGCUUGACGGGUGCUCACAUCAUUCAGAUGGCCAAGGAGCUUGUCGAGCGUCUUGGUAGGCCGUUGGAGCUGGAUACCGACGGUAUCUGGUGUAUGCUUCCGAAAUCGUUUCCCGAGAAUUUUGCCUUCAAGUUGAAGAAUGGCAAGAAACUUACCAUCUCUUAUCCUUGCGUCAUGUUGAACCACUUGGUGCAUGCGCGCUUCACGAACCACCAGUACCAGACUCUCACGGACGAAAAGACCUUCCGAUACGAGACGCACAGCGACAACUCCAUCUUUUUCGAGGUUGACGGUCCUUACAAAGCCAUGGUCCUGCCCACGUCCAAGGAAGAGGACAAGAACUUGAAGAAGCGGUACGCCGUCUUCAACGACGACGGCAGCCUGGCGGAGCUCAAGGGUUUCGAAGUCAAGCGAAGAGGCGAGCUGAAACUCAUUAAGAUUUUCCAGCAGCAGAUUUUCAAGUUCUUCCUCGAGGGCGCGACACUGCCCGAGUGUUACGGCGCCGUCGCCCGUGUCGCUGACCGGUGGCUCGACGUCUUGUACAACAAGGGCGGCGACUUAUCCGACGACGAGCUCAUGGAUCUUAUUUCGGAGAACCGAAGCAUGAGCAAGACGCUGCAGGAGUAUGGCAGCCAAAAGUCAACGAGUAUUACGACGGCUCGACGUCUGGCGGAUUUCCUGGGCGACAACAUGGUCAAGGAUAAAGGUCUGAACUGCAAGUUCAUCAUCUGCGCGAACCCCAAGAACGCCCCCGUGACGGAGCGCGCCGUGCCCGUCGCCAUCCUGUCGGCGCCCGAGGACACCAAGAGGAAGUACCUCAAGAAGUGGCUCAAGGAUGACCCCGCGAGCACGGACGUGCGGGAUCUUCUCGACUGGGAUUACUACCUUGAGCGUCUCGGCUCCGUCAUCCAGAAGCUCAUCACUAUCCCCGCGGCGCUGCAAAAGGUGCAGAAUCCCGUGCCGAGAAUCGCGCAUCCGGACUGGCUGAGGCGGAGGAUCGCUGCCAAGGAAGACAAGAUGCAGCAGACCAAGUUGUCGUUUGCUAAGCUGCAGAAGCCUCUCAACGAUAUUACGAACCGCGCAGCGACCCCGCGAGCCGACGAUAUGGAAGACUUCGGCAACAACUUGCUCAAGGCUAAGCCGGGCACCGUCCUGCAGUCUUCGCAGGCCAGAUCGGCAGCGGUGGCGGCGGCCGCGGCGCUAAAACGGAAAUCGCCCGAACCGGCCGAAACGGAGCAGGCGGAGGAGGAACUUCCUGCGGUGAUGCCGUCGAUGCACGAUGAUUACGCGGGAUUCCUCGCGUACCAGAAGCGGAAGUGGAAGAGGCAAAAGGAGACGCGGGCGCGGAGGAGGCAGCUCUUCGGCGAUAGGCGAGGCGUCGUCGGCGGCAACAGUAACAUCCAGCAGUCGUUCAUGCGGGCGGCGCACGCGACGUUUAUGACGACUUGGCAGCUCAUCUAUCUCAAGCCUGAGGACGCCAACGGGAUCGUGACGGCGUAUGUGCUCAUCGAUGCCAAGAUCCACACUCUCAAGGUUAGGGUGCCACGUCAAAUAUAUGUCAACUAUAAGAGGAAGCGACUACUGUCGACGUUGCCUCCUCUUCCCAAGGGUUGCGUGGCGGAAAAAGUCAAUCAUACGCUCCCCAACGGCCACAAGUCUGCCAUGCUCCAUCGGAUGACGAUGCCAGAGGAAUCGUACACGGCGUCGCAGCAAUGGCUAUGCGAUCUCCGCUCUCACUCUUCGGUCGAGGGUGUUUACGAGACGUCGGUGCCGCUCUACAUGCGCGCCCUGCUGAAGCUAGGCAACGUCUGCACGAUUGACGAGACGCAACACGCCGUGCUUGGAAAGGGUCUCGAGCAAGGGUUUGACCUGUCAGGCUUGAUCCGGCCCCAGAAGAGCCGGACCUACCUGGAGGACGUCCCCGUCUCGUACAUUUACAUUUCGCACAUCGUCGCGCCCGAGCGCCAAAUCUUCGGCGUCUUUUCGACGACGAGCGACCAGGCUCACAUCAUCAUGCUCACGAAGCACCGGGAUGCCGGCCAGGACAUUCCCAACCUUUCGAAGCUGUACACGCAGAGGCUCGAGGAGCAUUUGAAGGAGGUUGGCGAGGAAUCGGCGCAGUUUAAGGACCUGUUCCGGUACCAAGAGAAGCUCAACUUUAAGGUUACGCAGGUGACGACUCGGCGGAAGGCGCACCUCGAGGUAGGUGACGUGGUCAAGAAGAUGCGCAAGGAGGAGCCGAGGGCGCAGAUUCUCGCCAUCCAGUCGCUCAACCGCGAGUCUUUGGUGCGUGACAUUCCGGGGCUCGGAGAGCUGCCUAUCCUGCCGCUCAAAUACGAUGUCUACGACGGGGCUCUGCCGCCUCUCGGUUGGCAGGCGGCGGUGGCGAGGCGGCUUGUGCGGCAUUACCUCGGGCUCGGCGGGGAGUUGACGCACUUGAUGACUCUGGCGAGGUAUGCCAAUGUGCCGAUUUGCAAUUUGGAGAAGGAUGACCCGCGGUAUCUCAUUGAUGUCAACUACGCACGGAGGCUUAUUACGAAUGAUGUUGUGCUGUGGUGGUCCGGUAGCCCGCGUCCGGAUCACGGAUCGCACGAGUUCGACGACGUGACAGGUCCUUUGGACGUUGUCAAGAUGCCGACGGUCAACCACCCGGGCACGUACAACGCCGUGUGCAUCGAGAUGGAGGUGCGCAACCUCGCGAUCAACACGAUUCUCACGGCGUCACUCAUCAACAACCUCGAAGGCGCGGACGCGAACCCGAUGGGCGGGCUUGCGGACGUGAUCGGCGAUACCGACGGCAGCAUCAUGUACUCGGAGGGCGCGUUCUCGGACACCAACAUCCUCGUGCUCCGGGAGAUGGUCAAGUCGUGGUGGAGCGAGGCGUGCAGGGGUAGUCCGAUGGCGGACCUGAUGGUGAACCACCUGGUGCGAUGGAUCGAGGACCCGGACUCGUUCCUGUAUGAUCGCGCGCUACACUACUACGUGCAGCUGAUCUGCCGUAAGGCUUUCCAGCAGCUCAUGGGAGACUUCCGGAAAGUGGGGUGUCAAGUCGUGUUCGCCAACUCAGGCCGCAUGAUCCUCCAGACGGGGAAAUACGACGUGCAGAACGCGGCGUCGUAUGCGCAGUAUAUUACGAGGUCCAUCAAGAGCCAGCCGCUCUUCCACUUUAUUGAUCUCGAGAUUAAAGAGUACUGGGAUUUCCUCGUGUGGUACGACGAGUACAACUACGGAGGGAAAGGGUGCGAGACCAUUCCCGAGGGGGGAGGAGGAGAAGAAGAUGCCGUCAUCGAGCAGGAUUUCGAGACGGUCAUGCAUUGGCAGAUGAGCACGUACCUUCCCGUGCGGGUACAGCCGACCUUUUUUAAAUGGGUCGCCGAGUUUAUCGGUAUCAUGCACAAGAUCAAGCGACCCGAGCUCGCCUCGUCGAACGGUGAUGACGGCGCCCUGCGUCCCACGCAGCUUUCGACGCGUGAGCGCGUGAAGCAAAUUGAGGAAAAGCGCAACGAGCAGGCGGCCCCGGCAAUCGAGAACAUCAUCAGCGGCAAGCACUUCGAGCGCCCCCUAAAGAAGGACAUCGCCUCGCUCAUCAAGACGCAGCAGCGCGAGAUCGUGCACGCCGAGCUGGCGGCUGACUACGAAUUCCCCUCACUUCCCGGUUCACUCUUCCUCGCGGAAUCUACCAGCGGGAGCCGUAGCAGGGACGGCGUGCUCGAACUCGUCAAGUGCCUCAUGCAGGUUCUCAGCCUCGACAAGAACGUCACCAACGAGGCUAGGCUGCUGAGGCGGGAUUUACUGAACAUGUUUGACGUGCGCGAGUUUAGCAAGGACGGGGCGUUUAGGAACCCGGCGGAGACUUUGAGGUUGGGGGAUUUUAGCUGUGAGAAUUGUGCGAUGCCGCGCGAGUUGGACUUUUGUCGUGACGAGGACCUACUGCUUCCCCCUCCAACGGGGGAUGGAGACGACGAGGAUGCCAGAAGGAGACGACGCGAAGGGGGUAAUAACAAUAGCAAUACCACUUGGAGGUGCCGCGGUUGCGGAUGGGAGAUGGCUCGCCUGGACCUCGAAGAGAGGCUCGUGGGCGAGGUGGAGAAGAUGGUGGUCGCAUGGGCGACGCAGGACCUCAAGUGCGGACGGUGCGGGGCCAUCAAGCAGAACGAGUUCAUGGAGCACUGCACGUGCAGCGGGGAGUGGGUGGACGGGCUGAGGAGGGAGGAUGUGAGGGAAAGGUUGGGGGUUUUCGGGAGCGUGGCGGAGUUUUAUGAUUUGAGGAUGUUGGGGGCUGUUGUGAGGGAGACCUUGGAGGGGAUGUGA